AUGGCUGCAGUACAGGUAGAAUUACCGGCUUUAGAAAGGUUCGAAGCCAGCGGCUCCUGUACGAGCCUGGCGCCAAAAUGGCGGAAAUGGAAGAGAAACUUCGAAGUGUAUUGCGCUGCCAAGGCGGUAGUUAACAUGCCUCAAAAGCGGGCAUUACUGCUCCACUGUGCUGGGCCGCAGGUCCAAGAACUGUUCGAUACUCUAGUGGAUCCUGGUCCAACCCCUGCGUUGGAUGCGGAUGGCAAUCCGGUGGCGGAUGCAGCCAAUGUAUUCCAGAAGGUGGUGCGUACGUUGGAUGCUCAUUUCUUGCCCAAAGUUAAUGAACCGUUUGAGCGGCAUCUUUUCCGUGGCUUGCAUCAGAAGGAGGAUGAAUCCACCGACCAAUUUGUGUCGAGGCUGAAGACACAAGCAGCCUUGUGCAAUUUUGCGGACCAAGAUAUCGAUAUAAGAGACCAGAUUAUAGAAAAAUGCCGUUCCAUCAAGUUAAAACGCAAACUUUUAGAACAGAAAGACUUAACAUUGACCCGUGCACUAGAAAUAGCACGCGUUCAGGAGAGCGUGAACCAGCAGAUGGCUGCGUUGGCCAUUAAGUCAGAGUCUACCCCAAGUGCAAACUGGGUGGGGGAGGCGAGAAAGGGUCAAGGUCACGAGGAACCUAAAUUCGAAAAAAAUAAGAAAAGGACUGACAAUCGUAAAAGUAAAACCUCUAGUGGUGCCAAGACUGGUGCUUGUUAUCGUUGUGGCAGAGAGGGGUAUUAUGGGCGCGAUCCCACAUGCCCGGCUAAGGGCAAGACGUGUUCAAAGUGCUCCGGCAGGGAUCAUUUCGCUGUCGUUUGUAAAUCUAAGAAGAAUAACAAUCAUAAUGUCAAUGUGUUGGGUCAAGCCGAAGGUGAGCACGAUGAUGACUAUGCGUUUCUGAUCAGAGAUGGCGCCACAGGCACAACAAACAGGUUGCCAAUUGAGAUUGGUGGAGUUAAACUCGAAAUGUUGAUUGACUCUGGUGCUACGUGUAAUGUCGUGGACGAGGAUACCUGGAAAGCUCUGAAGAAGAGCAGAAUCGACUGUAAAUCUGAAGUUACACCCCCAGGACGUAUGCUUCAGAGAAACCAUUGUCUGUCAAGGGUCGAUUUGCGUGCGAAACCAGAGUAG